AUGGUCUAUGACCUAGCUCUCGCACGGAGCCAGAUUACUAUCUAUUGGGAUCGCUCCGACAAGCGCCUUCGACAAAAUCCAGAUUGUCGUGUCUAUGGCUCUCUACUGCGGACCUGCAAGACGGUCCACGCCGAUGCCAGAGCUAUGCUUUACUCAACCACGUUCGAAAUCGAGGACAUGGAGUACCUUGACAUCUGGCUGCAACGAAUCGGACCGAGAGCCGCCAACAUACGCGCAAUCAAGCUGUCGCGGUCUUUCCAAGCAUCUGGUGCUCGCCAACAUCACCAACUUGGAACCUUCCCGCGGUGGAACCAGAAUGACUACAGGGCAACUUCGCGACGAGUUGCUAGACUUCUUCGCGACUGCGAAAAUCUUGAAAGUUUGGAUUUGGGCUUCCGAUAUACCACGAAGCACCGCAACACAGCCUUGAUCAAGACCACAGGCAACCCCACACGCUGGGAAGUGGAGUCACGUCUUCUUGCUGAGAUGGUGUUCAGCGAUUUCUUGCCCCUCUUGGAGAAGACCAAGUCUCUUGGCAAGACCUCAGUUCAAGUGGCGAACUUGCCCAAGAUUCAUCCAAAGAAUUUCGAAUACAUUGCCCUCUAUCAUUAUGUCAUAAACGGGGAGCCGGAGCAAGAGGUCGCUCGUCAUAUGAAGUUGUUGGUUGAGCGGUACAUUUCAGGUUGA